AUGGGCGGGCUCAUAGUCGGUGAGGCCUCACAUUUCAUGUUGCUAUGUCAAUUGUUAGUCAAGAUAUCGCCUAGCACUAUUCCAUUCCAGUUUAUCCCACUUGACCUCGGCACAGAUUUUGCCCAACCUCCACAUUUGGUUCAACCUUCGCAGAUUACGGACUUGAGCAUUUACACCGAUACCACCAAGAGGAUAUUUAACUUUCUAAUCAAAGGGGGAGCCCAGAACGAGGGAAGAUGGAAAGCAAAAGAUGAUGGCCGACAAAUGCAUACUCAUUUACCAUACGAGAAACCCAUCUGUAUCAAAAUUUUCACCCAGUCAAAAUCCAACUUCGUUUUAGAAAGAAAUGUGGGCGUGCAGGGGGUUCCGCCCAACCUCGUCAAGGGUUUUCAUGUCAGCUCCCAUGCUAUUCCCUUUGUCCUCUCAUCUAAGGACGUCUUGAUUUUCCUCACUACCCUUAAGCCUCGCAGAUUUGAGACACAUUUCUAUUACUUCGAUAUCGCCUGCUGCACAUGCCGGGUGAAACGGGGAGUAAUUUGUUUGAAAAGCCAGUGCAAAAGGAUUUGCGCCGUCGCUAAUGAGGAUUCUACAAGGCGUUCAGAAUCCGGCGUGGGUUUGUGGCAUCCCCAAUGUAAAAGAGUGACAUUGGAUUUCCUCGAGUGUUUGCCAUCAACCCCCGGCAUCGGCCACUACACCUCAAAGAAGGGAAUUGUCGAUACCGUCUCCUUCGUUAAUUCUGCACUCCGGGAAGGGCCCCUACCUGUAGCAAUAUUUCGAAGAUUUCAGGCUGUCUGCUUGAACGGCUGUGAAUAUUGGCGUCGCCUCACCCGUGACAAGUUGGUCAUUCUUCGCAGCCAGCAUCAAUGGGACCUAGCCGGAAGGGUCUCGUUCAUUGGCGUCGGCGUUCCCCUUUUCUUUCUCUCCCUGAUUUUGAUAAAGCCUUCUAAUGGGCUCGCUUCAAGCGGAAACAGUUAUCUUUCCCACAGCCACUCCCUUAACGUCUUAUUUCUCAGCUGGCUUCACCAUGGCGGAUGA